AUGACAGUAACAACAACGCUACCCCUGGUGGGCGGACGCGAAGAGAAGCCACAGCAGACGCAGCCGCCACGCAAGAAGCAUGCGAAGCUAUUCCACAAGAAGUGUAGGACAGGAUGCCAGCGUUGUCGAGUCCGGCGAGUCAAGUGCGAUGAGGCCAAGCCAAUAUGUAAUAAUUGCACAAGACUUGACUUGGAGUGCGGCUAUGGACCUCCUCCAACUAUCAGCAACAAUGAUUUCGACUCUAUUCAAGCACCAACUUUAUCAAGUAGUGGUGAUAGCUUUGUUGAUUCCGACGGCGUAAUUCAUCUCCCAGAAACAGAAGCACGACGAAAGCUCGAGCUCGAGUUAUUCUACCACUACUCCACAGAAACCGGCCCAACACUUGGCGCAGAGAGAUACUCCCAAAACUUCAUGGGCCCAGUCCUGUGCCGCGCGGCACUGCAAUCAGAUGCCGUGCUAUAUGGAGUCUGCAUGCUGUCGGCACUUCACAAAGCGUACAAGUCGAAUUUCACGGAUCCGCAGCACAUGCAGCAUCAUUCCACGUAUCUCAACCUAACUCUACAAUCGCACCACAAGCACGUGUCUCAUCUCGAUAUCAAAAAUGUGGAUUUUUCGUGCAUGACGUCUACUACGCUUCGGGUCUACGGCUAUGUUCGAUUGCAGCGUCGGCAGUUGGAGCCGUAUACGCCUCCUAUUGAGUGGCUGCGCAUGUCGAAUACCAGCAACAUUGUGUUCCGCAAGGCACUCGCCUUGAUUGAAAAGAACCCUGAUUCAGUUAGCGGAAAGUUGAUGCUGGAAGUAUCUCGACACUUGGAUGAAAAGCGCAGAAUGGAAGAUUCUAGCGAAUUGCUACACCUAUUACGACGCCAGGAACCUCACGAGCUGGAAGAAGAAUGGGACGAUGAAACAUACUACGUCUAUAAACGCACUCUGAGCUGCUUUGGAUGGAUCUGGAAGCACAGAUUCGACAACCAGCCGCCCCCUGGCCUCUCUCGUAGGCUAUAUCUCUUCCCCAUGAUUGUGGACGCCCAGUUUGUGGACUAUGUAGGACAGAAACGGCCGCGAGCACUGGUCAUCAUGGCGCAUUAUUUUGCACUUUUGGCAAUUCAUCGCGACUUUUGGUAUAUUGGAGAUGCUGGGCUCCGCGAGGCUCAGGCAAUUGCUGCCGAGUUGCCGUCUGAGUGGCAGGGCAUGCUGAUUCAACCACUGGAGAUAUUAAAAGACCCGUCACUACUGUGUGAUGUGUCCAUUCAUAGAGAUUAA